GUUGAAGUUGAAAUUGACAGGAAUACCAAUACAAAAUACAGAGAAUUUUAAAGAAUUAUGGAUAUUCGUUAAACACUGUCGCAUCGCAUUAAUUAGGUUAUUGUACUACCAAUAGUUGUGUUCAGUAGUGUUAGGUACAAACAUUUAAAGUGCAAACUAUAUCAAAUCCUAUGGAUGUUAUGUAGAGAUUGGUGAUCGAACUUGAUGGCCAGGAAUUAGUUCUAAAGAGUUUCCAUAAAAUUAACACGAUGGAUAUUAAUAAACUAGUAAGCGAAAAUCAAUCCAUUAAAAUAGUCCCCUCAAUAGAAGAUUCUCUUCGGGCUAUGGGACUAAAUGUAGGCCUUGAUAGCCAUUCGAGAAGAUGGUUAGACCAACUCAAAGUGACCUGGAAAACCUGGAAAAAGAGCCCUGCAAUCGAAUCUCAUAUUGAAUCGUUUCUUCAGUGUGCAGCUGAACCAUUCAGAGUAGUUCUAGUUUUUGUUAUCAAAUGUGAUGAUUUCAAGGAUUGUAAGCCAAAAACAUUACCUUACUUUAUUGUGGAAACUUUAUUUAAAUGGUCUCAAUCAAGUGGCACACUACCUACUGAAGAGUUAAAACUACCUGCAUUCCACAUAGCUACACAACAAAGAAAUCAGCAUUUCCUGGGUCUGCUUGUCAAAACAUACAGAAUUACUACAAUCAAGGAAAAAAUAUUACCCAUUGUGAAAGAUAUGGUUAAAAUGGAUAACUGCAAGCAAGCAUCUCACAUUGUAAUAGCAAUGGAACUGUUUGACGAUAUACCUGUUGAGGAUCUAGUAUUUCCACUGAUCCUACAAGACAAAUCAAACUUGAUUGAUGAGUAUUUAAAUGAGUGUCCUGGCCAAGCCAAGCCACUGUUAAUUUUUUUGGAUAAAUUGCUUGACAAAACAGUGAGCAUUCGCGAUUAUGUCCAACAUUAUGUAAAUGACAAUGAUAUUUCACAUGUUAGAUAUGAUAAACUUCAUUAUAAACCUCUAGGAAAACUAGUGGCUCGUUUAUGUAAUAAGUUCAACAUUCCUAUAGAAACUUGUAAGAAUCUGAGUAAAAAUCGCACAACUGGUGGUUUGAGAUACUUAAUACACCAAAAAUAUCAAGAACACAAUGUGAGCUCCUCUGUAUGGGAGGAUUUAGUGAAGGAUUCACUGAAGCAGAAUGCUGGUUCCGGACGAGAAUUCAUUGAAAUGUUAGUGGAAUAUGACCGAACUGAAGCUCUUAAGUGGGCUUCAUACUUGAACAUGGCUGAGAAUGAGUUGCCACUGGCACUAAAAGAAAUAUCUUUGGAUGAUGUCCCUGAAGAGGAAAAUUGGGACACCAAUGACAGUUCACCACAAACUCCACAGGAGUAUUACAAAUUAAGUUUACUAGAAGAUGAGAUAACACUUAUUGACAAUGGAGAAAAAUUUUACAAUCUUAUGAUAUCAGAAGUUGUCAAAAGCAGUGUUGUAGGCAUUGACUGUGAAUGGAAGCCAUCAUUUGGAGCAACUUAUUCUCAAGUUGCAUUAAUACAAAUUGCAACUAGUAGUAAAGUAUAUCUUCUAGAUGCUCUAGUAUUGAACAAACCAGAAUAUUCAAGCUUUUGGUACACUUUCCAUAAAUCUUUCCUUGAUAAUGCAGAAAUCAUUAAAGUAGGAUUUGGUCUAGAGCAAGACUUGAAAGAAAUGAAAUCAUGUCUAGUAGGUCUGGGGAAUAUUAAAGUGCAAGGUGAAGGAUUACUGGAUCUUGGGACUUUGUGGAAGAGUCUUCUCAAUAAUGGGCUCACCUUGCCAGGAAACAGCGAUAAUGUGGGAAACAGCCUCAGCUGUCUAGUACAGUCAUGUUUUGGAUUACCUCUUGAAAAAUCUGAACAAUGUUCUAAUUGGGAAUUGAGGCCUUUAAGAAAGACUCAAAUUCUAUAUGCUGCAUUGGAUGCUCAUGUGCUGAUACAAAUAUAUGAAUAUCUUCAGAAACUGUGUUCAGAACAACAAAUUAAUUUUGAGGAAAUAUGCAAUGAUGUUAUGUUGGAAAGUAAGAAAAAAUGUACAAAGAAACCUAAAGUUGUUGAUAGAUUGCAGGCAAGUGUCCCUGUGGUGCAAUCUAGAUCAGUUCAUGAAGUGAAAUUUAUAGUUGAGCCUUUGUUAUCUAAUUUGAUGCCUUAUUUAAGAUACUGUGGAAUAGAUACUAUCGUCAUGCCAGCAACAAUGUUAUGGCAUGAUGCAAUCAAUGUAGCAAUAUCAGAAAAUCGCCUAGUUUUGGUAUGUAAAGUUAAACAUUCACCAACAACAAUAUUUCCACAAAAUUCUAUAUUAGAAGUUGGUAAAGACACUAUUAUUCAACAGUUACGAAAAAUAUUUAAUAGUUUUAACAUAAAAGUGGAACAAGACAAUUUGUUCAGCUUUUGUAUUAAUUGUAAUAGUAAAGAUUUAAGAAAACUGAAUUCAGAUGAAGUUGUGAAAAUGUGUAAUGAUUACCAAAGAUUGUUGAAACCGCCCAACAUACACCCUGAUGGGUGUGAUGAUGAAGAAAAUUCAUAUUAUGACAAUUUUCUGAGUGAUUCUGAUUGUGAUGAAGAUUUGUAUCAACCUGAUGUUCAGCUUAAAUCAUCCCUUACCACAAGUAAGGGUGCCACUGUAGACAUCUACGAUGCUGGUAAACUAUUAGCACUAAGUAAAUGUGCAAUUCUAUGUGAAACAUGUGGCAAAUUGUUUUGGGAUGAAGACAUAUUGUUAAAACCUGUAACUGAAGUGGUUUACAAUUUUAAAAAACUUAAAAUUUGGUAAGUUUUCUCAAGGGGUACAAAAGUUAAACACUCAUUCAUUUUACAAUAAUUUAUUUAUAUGUAAAUAAAUUCAACAUGAUAAAAUAAUGUACCUAACUUAAAUAAAUAUAAAUGUUACUGAAAUUAAAGCCUGUUGCUAUUUGGAAAUGUCACAGCAGUAGAAUAUCUUACUAAUAAAUUUUAUUUUGACUGUUACUGGUACCUGUAUUCCUACCUGCCUAUCGUAACUUCAUUUAAAACAGUAAAUAUUAGGCACUUGUACAAAUGCUUUACCUCAGUGUAUUAAUAGGGUGCCUAUAUAAUAAUAACAAUUUCAUUGGUAAUGUAGAAAGCUAUUACUGAGCACAUUCCCAUUACCUGAUUGUAAACUCCCCAUGUUAUAACUCCCUAGAUAGUAACAGACAACAGUUUAUAUAGUUGGUACAGAUAUUAAUUAUUAUAAUGUGCAAAGAGUUAUGUUAAAGUAGUUCUGAUAAGGCAGAUUUUUUAUCAAUUAGCAGAAACAUAUUAUUAAAGUAGGUACUUGUAUCAUAUUAUGAUAAGUUUAUUUGUGAAACUAAAAAGAAUACAAAACAUUAACUGUAAAACAUAAUAAAUAGAUAUAUAUUUUUCUAAACACAUGCCUAGAUAGAUAAUGAAGAGAACUGUUAAAUAAACAAAUAAAGUAUAUAAGU